AUGUUGAAGUACUCUACGACACGAGCUGUAGUUAGCAAACAGCGCUUAUCAUUAUCCCAGAUUGGCAGAUACAUAUCUACCUCAUCCUCAAGCAAGGAACCAACUCCGACCAUCAGAAGAAGAACCAGAACGACACAAUUUAAGGAUGCCCUAAACGUUGGUCCCACAUUCCAAGAUUUCCUCACUGGAAAUGCCACAAAUUUUAAGACGCUUGAUCCUCUUGCAGAAGCCGAGUAUAAGAAGUUACCAUCAUGGCUUAAGGUGCCUAUUCCAAAGGGCUCCAGUUUCACCAAAUUAAAGAGUGAUGUGAAAAAAUUGAAAUUAAGUACAGUAUGUGAGGAAGCAAAGUGUCCAAAUAUUGGAGAAUGUUGGGGUGGUGGUAAGGGAAAGAAACAGGAUAAAACUAAAGCAACUGCUACCAUUAUGCUGCUAGGUGACACAUGUACUAGAGGUUGUCGAUUCUGUUCUGUGAAAACCGAUAGAAACCCAGCUGCGCCAGAUCCAAUGGAACCAGAGAAUACCGCAGAAGCUGUGAAAAGUUGGGGACUUGGAUAUGUGGUACUUACCACAGUAGAUAGAGAUGAUUUAGUUGAUGGUGGUGCUCAUCACUUAGCAGAGACUGUCAGAAAAAUUAAAGAAAGAGCACCUAGCAUCUAUGUGGAAACAUUAUCUGGUGAUUUCAGAGGUGAUUUAGAAAUGGUCAAUGUCAUGGCAAGAAGUGGGCUUGAUGUUUAUUCUCAUAACUUAGAAACCGUAGAGGCACUAACGCCUCAUGUGAGAGAUAGAAGAGCUGGAUAUAGGCAGUCCUUAAGUGUCUUGAAACAAGCAAAGGAGACAGUACCAACGCUCAUAACAAAGAGCUCCAUCAUGCUUGGAUUUGGCGAAACUGACGAACAAGUGUUACAAACUUUGAAAGAUUUAAGAGAAGUUGGGUGUGACAUAGUUACCUUUGGUCAGUACAUGAGACCAACAAAAAGACACAUGAAAGUAGUAGAAUAUGUACAUCCUUCCAAAUUUGAUUAUUGGAAAGAAGUGGCUGAAAAGGAGCUGGGAUUCCUGUACUGUGCAUCAGGACCCUUAGUAAGGUCUUCUUAUAGAGCUGGUGAAUUUUUCAUCGAAAACGUUUUAAACAAGAGAAAGGCCCAUUUAAACCAGAGUACAACUUUACAAAACUAG